UUCGCAGUGGACUAUUAGAUCAUUAAUGUGAAGAUACACCAACGUUAAACCAGAACUCAUUAUCUGGUACCAUUUGGAAAAGACACUGUGGAGAAUAAGUCAGUUGUGAGGUGGAUCAUGGAAAUCAAAGAGGAAGGAACGUCAGAAGAAGGCCAGCAUUUUCUUCCGGCAGCUCAGGCAAAUGACCCUGAGGACAUUCAGUUUACCAGCAUCCAGAAGAGUCCCAAUGAGCCACAGUUGGAAUUCAUUCUCGCCUGCAAGGACCUUGUGGCUCCUGUCAGUGAUCGGAAACUGAAUACAGUAGUACAGGUCUCAGUAAUCCACCCCGUGGAGCAGACCCUGACGAGGUACUCGAGCACAGAAAUUGUGGAGGGAACAAAAGACCCACUGUUCCUGACAGGCGUCACAUUCCCAUCCGACUACCCCAUCUAUGAAGAGACAAGAAUAAAACUGACAGUCUAUGAUGUCAAGGAUAAGCCGCAUGAUACUAUUCGAACCAGUGUCCUUCCGGAACACAAGGAUCCCCCGCCAGAAGUUGCGAGAAGCUUCCUGGGCUGUGCCAGCUUUAAAGUCGGGGAGCUGCUGAAGUCCAAGGAGCAACUGCUGUCCCUGAGCCUGAGGACCUCAGAUGGUGGCAAAGUGGUCGGCACCAUAGAAGUCAGCCUCGUGAAGAUGGGGGAGAUUGAGGAUGGGGACACCGACCACAUCACAACAGACGUGCAGGGACAAAAGUGUGCUCUAGUGUAUGAUUCUACAGCACCAGAGAGUCUGAGUGGGAAGGAAAACUUACCUUUCAUGAAUGCAGUGUUAAGGAAUCCUGUGUGUAAACUCUACAGAUUCCCCACGUCUGACAAUAAGUGGAUGCGAAUCCGUGAGCAGAUGUCAGAAAGCAUCCUUUCUUUUCAUAUUCCUAAGGAAUUGAUUUCCCUUCACAUCAAAGAAGACCUAUGCAGAAACCAGGAGUUAAAAGAACUUGGUGACCUUUCUCCACACUGGGACAACCUACGGAACAAUGUCCUUUCUCACUGUGAUCAAAUGGUGACUAUGUACCAAGAUAUUCUGACAGAACUUUCCAAGGAAACGGGGUCCUCCUUCAAAUCCAGCAGCAGCAAAGGAGAGAAAACAUUAGAAUUUGUUCCAAUAAACCUGCACUUGCAACGGAUGCAGGUGCACAGCCCUCACCUGAAAGAUGCUCUCUAUGAUGUCAUCACUGUGGGGGCCCCGGCUGCCCAUUUUCAGGGAUUCAAGAAUGGUGGUCUUCGAAAACUACUCCAUAGAUUUGAGACAGAGAGAAGGAACACCGGGUACCAGUUUAUUUAUUAUUCGCCCGAGAACACGGCCAAGGCAAAGGAAGUUCUCAGCAGCAUCAAUCAGCUGCAACCUCUCGUAGCGACUCAUGCGGACCUGCUGCUAACCUCUGCCAGCCAGCAUUCUCCUGACAGCCUGAGGAGUUCUUUAAAGCUGCUUUCAGAAAAAACCGAGCUUUUUGUGCAUGCCUUCAAGGACCAGCUGGUCAGGAGUGCUCUCUUAGCUCUCUACACUGCGAGGCCAGGAGGUAUCCUGAAGAAGCCACCUUCUCCUAAGGUCAGCACAGAGGAGAAAAGUAGUCAGCGUGACAGCCCGCAGCAGCUUAGAAGACAAGACUCCAUACCACAUCACUCUGACUAUGAUGAGGAAGAGUGGGACAGGGUGUGGGCCAGCGUGGGGAAGAGCUUGAACUGCAUUAUCGCUAAAGUUGACAAACUGAUCGAGAGGGACAGUCGCAACGAAGAAAGUGCUGGAGGCGACAGUAGCAAGGACGGAGAUGCGGACCCUAACCUGGAAGACUCCCUCACAUCCCACCCAAGGGAGGACUGGUAUGAACAGCUGCACCCACUCAUCCUUACCUUGAAGGAGUGCAUGGGAGAAGUGGUGAACCGAGCGAAGCAAUCCCUGACAUUUGUGCUGCUUCAGGAACUCGCCUACAGUCUGCCCCAGUGUUUGAUGCUGACUCUGAGGAGAGACAUCGUCUUCAGUCAGGCGCUUGCUGGAUUGGUUUGUGGUUUUAUCAUCAAACUACACACAAGUUUGCACGACCCUGGCUUCCUCCAGCAGCUUCACACAGUGGGCUUGAUAGUGCAGUACGAAGGGCUGCUAAGCACUUACAGUGACGAAAUCGGAAUGCUGGAGGACAUGGCUGUCGGCAUUUCAGACUUGAGGAAGGUCGCUUUCAAAAUAACGGAAGCCACGUCCAAUGAUGUCCUCCCUGUUCUCACGGGAAGGCGCGAACACUACGUGGUGGAGGUCAAGCUGCCAGCGACGGUGUUUGAGUCGCUCCCUCUGCAAAUUAAAGAAGGCCAGUUGCUUCACGUGUACCCUGUUCUGUUUAACGUUGGAAUCAAUGAGCAGCAGACUCUGGCCGAGAGGUUUGGAGAUGUUUCUUUGCAAGAAAGUAUUAAUCAAGAAAAUUUUGAGCUUGUACAAGAAUAUUAUUCAAUAUUUAUGGAAAAGAUGCCUCCUGAUUAUAUUUCACAUUUUCAAGAACAAAAUGAUUUAAAAGGACUGUUGGACAAUCUCCACCAAAAUAUCCAAGCCAAGAAAAGAAAAAAUGUAGAAAUCAUGUGGCUGGCAGCAACGAUUUGUCGCAAACUCAAUGGCAUCCGUUUUACCUGCUGCAAAAGUGCCAAAGACAGGACAUCAAUGUCAGUGACGCUGGAACAGUGCUCCAUCCUGAGAGACGAGCAUCAGCUGCACAAAGACUUUUUCAUCCGAGCAUUGGAUUGCAUGAGGAGAGAAGGAUGCCGCAUAGAAAAUGUACUGAAGAAUAUCAAAUGCAGGAGAUAUGCUUUCAACAUGCUACAGCUGAUGGCUUUUCCCAAGUGCUACCGACCUCCCGAAGGCACUUACGGAAAAGCUGACACCUGAGUUUACCAAUGGAGACACAACAGGAACACAAAUACAUUGAGCUUUGAAGAUCUCCACCUCUGUCGUUUUUAUUUUUUAUUGUUAUGAGUUUGCGGGGCGAGGUGCUCAUGGGUGUUACUCACGUCAAGACCAAUACAUUACACAGAAAGCCUUACCAGCACUUCUGGGCCCGGUCGAUCUUUCCUGUUUUGCGUUAACAGACCUUGCUGGUUGAGGUUAGUUGAGAAAGUGUAAUUCCAUUGGUAGAGUAUUUAAAUAAAAUGUGUCCUGAGGAAACAAGGUUGCUUCCAUGGUGCCAGAGGUAACAUGGAGAAUGCCACACUCCACGUAAGCAAGUAAGAGUGUGAGUUUAUAUAAUGCCACUUUGAAGUCUUGACUUCAGACAACCUAACAGCCCAGCUUAUGGCUUUUAUAAAAUAUGCAUGUAGUAAGUGCAAUUAUGUGAUGGGAAGCCAUGUCCUUGAUUACUCACAUGGUUUGCAUAUAUGUUUGUACAAAUCUUUGUACAGUUUAGAUGCGAUUCUACUUUCUAAGCCGGUAGAUGAAAGUGUGAUGUGAGUCAGGAGCUGCAACACAAAACCAUGGUUCUUCAUAAAACUCUGAUGUGAGUUGGGUAACUCACCUAGACACAGCAGUGUAGAGUCUUUAAUGAAUACUGGGAAAACUCUUCAAGGUACUAAAGUUGCAAGGAAAUGUAAAGGUCGUACCUGUUGAUGACCCAAAGGACAAUCUCCACCAGCUUGAAAAUCAUUCAGAAAAAUUCAUGGAAGUGAGAGGCAGAGA